AUGUGAGUGCUGGUGAUCCCCUCAGUAUUUUAAUGGGAGGCGGGUUGCUGUGGUGUUCAUAUCGUGGGCGUCACUUGCGAAGAAAGCGGAGGUACUGGCUACCUGUUGGGCCCAAAUGGAGUCCCUGGCUGGGUACGUCUACAAAGCGGCCAGUGAGGGCCGAGUCUUGACGUUGGCUGCACUGCUGCUCAAUCACUCCGAGGCAGAGACCCAGUAUUUGCUCAGCUUUGUCACUCACCUCGCUGGCCAAAGGUCCACUCCUCUCAUCAUUGCAGCGAGAAACGGACAUGACAAAGUUGUCCGGUUGCUUCUGGACCACUACAGGGUGGAUACCGAACAGACCGGCACAGUGCGUUUCGAUGGGUAUGUUAUAGACGGGGCCACAGCCUUGUGGUGUGCAGCUGGAGCAGGACACUUUGAGGUGGUGCGCUUGCUAGUGAGUCACCAUGCCAAUGUCAACCACACCACCAUCACCAACUCCACUCCCCUCAGGGCAGCCUGCUUUGAUGGACGCCUAGACAUUGUCCGCUACCUGGUGGAGAAUAAUGCAGACAUCAGCAUCACCAAUAAGUACAACAACACUUGCCUGAUGAUUGCCGCCUACAAGGGCCACACGGAUGUGGUGAGUUUCCUACUGGAGCAAGGGGCAGACCCUAAUGCCAAGGCCCACUGUGGAGCCACAGCCCUGCACUUUGCAGCAGAGGCGGGCCACCUAGAUAUUGUGAAGGAGCUGGUUCGUUGCCAGGCAGCCAUGGUAGUCAAUGGACAUGGCAUGACACCACUUAAAGUUGCUGCAGAGAGCUGCAAGGCUGACGUAGUGGAGCUACUACUGGCCCAUGCAGACUGUGACCCAUAUAGCCGCACUGAGGCUUUGGAACUGCUAGGUGCCUCAUUUGCCAAUGACCGGGAGAACUAUGACAUAUCGAAGACCUACCACUACCUGUACUUGGCCAUGCUAGAGCGUCACCGUGACCCAGAUAACAUCAUCACCAAAGAGCUGCUCCCACCCAUUGAGGCCUAUGGGGGUCGCAGUGAGUGCCGAACACCCCAGGAGCUGGAAGCCAUCCGGGGGGACAGGGAUGCCUUGCACAUGGAGGGGUUGAUGGUCAGGGAGCGCAUCCUGGGCUCAGACAACAUUGAUGUGUCGCAUCCUAUCAUCUAUCGUGGUGCCGUCUUUGCUGACAACAUGGAGUUUGAGCAGUGCAUUAAGCUGUGGCUCCAUGCGCUUCGCCUACGGCAGAAGGGCAAUCGCAACACACACAAGGACUUGCUGCGCUUUGCCCAGGUAUUCUCACAGAUGGUCCACCUAAAGGAGCCUGUGUCAGCCCCAGCCGUGGAGCAGGUGCUUUCAUGUAGUGUGGUAGAGAUCCAGCGCAGCAUGGCCCGUGUACAGGCGGCACCCGAGACUGAACUGCCACAGGCAAUGGACAACUAUGAGUCCAACAUCUUCACUUUCCUGUACCUGGUCUGCAUCUCUACCAAGACCACCUGCAGUGAGGAGGAGCGUGCCCGUAUCAACAAGCAGAUCUACAACUUGAUCCAGCUGGACCCGCGCUCCCGCGAAGGCUCCUCCCUGCUCCACCUGGCCAUCAGUUCCAGCACGCCAGUAGAUGACUUCCACACCAAUGACGUCUGCAGCUUCCCGAAUGCACAGGUCACCAAGCUGCUUUUGGACUGCGGUGCGCAGGUCAAUGCCAUCGACCAUGAGGGCAACAGUCCACUGCAUGUCAUCGUGCAGUACAACCGGCCAAUAAGUGACUUUCUAACCUUACACGCCAUUAUCAUCAGCCUAGUAGAAGCUGGUGCUCAUACAGACAUGACCAAUAAGCAGAAGAAGACACCGCUAGACAAGAGCACCACUGGGGUAUCAGAGAUCCUGCUGAAGACUCAAAUGAAGAUGAGCCUCAAGUGCUUGGCAGCCCGUGCUGUCCGGCAGCACCAAAUCACCUACCGUAACCAGAUCCCCAAAACCCUUGAGGAGUUUGUGGAGUUCCACUGAACACCCAGCCAGCCGAGAGAACUCUUUGACAUUGAAAAGUAACAAGGACAAACUCUUUUGUUCUUUCUAGGAAUUUCUUAUAAUUUUUUUUAACAAAUCAAAAUGGUGCUGGGAUGACUUUAUUUGAUAUGAAGAGUUUUUGAACAUUUUUGCUUUUUUAUAAAAAAAAAGGUGUCUUUUUUUCUAUUCUAACUUUGAAUGGCAAAGUACCAGCAGCCACAGGCAGCAGUCCUGCCUGUCUGUCCAUCUGUCUGUCACCAGAUCAUUGCAAAUCAUUAUCAUGGUUCUCCUAGGCAUUAGGAGGAAGCAGCAAGGUAGUUGGCCUCCUCUCUGAAUAUCCUAGAACCCUAGUUUGGCCCCUCAUCUUUUUACUCCUGCUACACUAGCAGCCCUAAAUUUGAAUAUGUCACAACUAGGAUUCAUGUCAUUGGAGAGUACACACAACUUCUUUGGGGUGGUGGAGCUGUGGGUUGGUACUAGUUCCAGUGCCAACAAGGUCCAGUAGAAAACUUAUCAGUCAACUCCACAGAGAGUAGAAUAGUGAGGUAAUUUUUCUGAGUCUUUUGCCUUAUCCACAUUGCGGGGACAGACAUUGCCUUGGAAGAGGGAAGACGAUGUGAGUCCUGCAGAUCAGAAUAAGCUAGAGAGGGAGGGGGAGAGUAUGCUUCUUAUCCAUGGUCACACAAAUAGGAUUCUUCAGAUAUUUUUCACAACAACAGCAGAAAAUCACUUAUAUAACAGAAAGCCAAACUGAAGUCAUAGGAUUAAAUUGCAGAAUGUACACUUAUGGUGGUGUUUUAUUUCAUUAUCAAUGUUUUGAGAAGGUUUUAUUGAACACGGUAUUCUUUGAAAUGGAUUUUGAAGUCAUCUGAGAUUUAUUUUAGAAACGGCCACAUUUGACUUUGCACAAAAAAAAACUUGCCUUGACAGCGCCUUCUCAGUUGGUAGACAUACGUGCAUGACAUGUUUUCACACACCCAAAAGCAGAACAGGAGUUGGUUAAGGCUGUGGGCUUUGUUAGAGGUUGACCAUACAAAAGCUGUUAAUGAAUGUUAACAACUGUUACUGUGAAUGUCCUCCCUGUGUGAAACAACUUAUUUCACUUCUUUCAAACAAUGACACCCCAAAUGUAUGUAUGUAUGCAUGUGUGACACCAUGUUGAAGUCUGCAUCACCA